CAAAGCUGCAGCCUGCUGCAGCGCCAUUUGAUAGUACUUGAGCUAACUGGCGCACACCAUACGACUGUUUUGGAAUUGGGAUCAUUUCCAGUCCGGUGCGCCCAUCCACUUGCGAUCAAUAGUCGAGUCCGUAUCACUCGAUGGCCCAUCAUCGCACCGUUGGACCGCCUUUAGUCCCGGACACACGCAUUUUUUGCUCCCUUGCCACCCUUCCUGAGCCACCACCCGCGACAAUUGUGGUCCUUCAGAGACCAAGACGUACUAUUGCUACACCUUCCUCAUCAAGCAGCCAACGGUGUUUUUAUUGGUCAAAUGAUUCCCAAAACCGCUCGCCAAGCGAGCACCGCGACGGGCAAGUCCUUUGAUCUAUUAUCUCCCUGGAUCUUGUAGGAUGGGCAGCACCUGUCCAUGGAUGCGUAAAGUAUUUAUUGCGCUCAACUUAGGACGAUAUUAGAACAAGCUCGAAAUCGACAUCUCGCAUCGAUGUCCGUCCUUGACUGUACGGCUCAACUGAAAAGGAAAUAUGAUGUGGGCAAAAACUACAGUUUGUGUCGCGGAACAAUUCCAAUGCAAUCAUGUAUGCAAUGUCCGAUCUGAUGGCAAGUUUAUGUAAGGUAGUAACGGUAGGCGAGGAUGAUGCCAAAGAGAGCAAUUAAGAAGAGGAAGAGGU